AUGAGAUUGAAAUCCCAUGAGAGAAAUCUCAGCGGCUGUAAUCUUAAAGUUGUCGAUCAAGAUGUUUCAUCGCGACUUAUUCAAACAAUUUCCUUCAACAACGGCGCAACUCGCACGCAUAAACUUAUUUACUCUUCAACAACUCUCACAUUACCUUCAAAUGACCCAAGUCUCUGUACUAGCUCAAUCAUCGCUAAUGCCCGCGUACUUCGUGAUUGGUUAGAUCACUUUACUCAGUUCAAUAUAAAUAAUGACAUCACUCUCAUUUGUUCUGAAUCUUCUGCAAGGUUCGCUAAUGCCUCAGAUAGUAAUUACGACAAAACUGUUGCUGCAGGUAAAUUGAAGGAUCAGUCUACUCAGACAUUGGUUCAAGUUGAAACUACCGAGUUUGAUUAUUACGCUGUUUACGAGGAUGUUGCCAUUAACUUUUCCUUGAAAGAGUUUAAAGCUAUUCUUCAGUUGGCUGAAGGCUUGGGCGCUCCAAUUCGACUUAUGUUCACCAACGCCCCAGAUCCUCUCCACGUUGUCGUUGACGCCGAUGACAUGCGAGCUUCAAUGAUACUCUCAACUUCUGUCCCAAUGAGCACUCCUUCACAAGUUGCUGAAAGAUCUAAUCAAAUCACUCCAAAACUCCCUACUGCAAUUUUACAAAACCGUCGGCGCUCUGAUACAGUUAAUGUUUCAAACUUUAUGCAAUCUUCUAUACCUCCACAAUCCACUCGCAAGAAGCGACGUAUUAACAUGGAAUCUGUUACACCUUUCAAAUCAACAAACCAAUCCAAGACUAAUAUACCACGACAUGAAAAGGAGAUCAAUGACCAGCGCCAACAGAAUGAAAACGACCAACCCUUGUUUCUAAGUCAACCACUUGAGGGUAAUAUAAAUGACACCGAUAUAACUACACCUCCACCGCCUGCUUCCCAAAUUAUAGGCGCUAGCAUCCAAGAUUAUGAUCCAUCAAUGGCCAGAGAUGGAAUGAACGAUGAUGAAAUGAAAGGCGUCCUUGAUGACAUGAACCUUGAUCCAAGUUCUGAUGAAUCAUCGACUCAGGAUGAAGCAGACUUUCAAGAUGAUGACCUUCUCGAAACACAACAAAACGGCAAUUUCAAACCACUAUGGGAUUGA